GCGAACACAGGGCGUCGCCCUCCUUCCUAGGCAGAGGAUUCCCGUCAACCAUGUUCCCAAGGCUUCGGGUGCCGCAGCUCGCUCUGCGCCGGGCGGCGGCGAGGGAGGAGGGACGGGAGGAGGAGCCGCCGCCGCGGCCAGGGGCCGGAAUUGUUUCCUGGGCUAAGCGCAGCAAGCUGGGAAAGCGUUUCCGGAGGGCUGGUUACAUCCCGCAGCUGAUGUUGGACGCCGCUUGUGCGGGCGAGAGGCGGCGAGCGGAGGGAGCAGCCCGGGCGGCGCAGGGCAUUUAUAGGUUAAUUUCUUCAGCGUGUGUCCUCAGAGGGUGAGUGCUGCUGGUGUUAGUGGCAAAGGCUGAAGAAACCUGCCAUUCUAUACAAGCUUUCCACCAAAGAACUGGGGAGAUUAAAUAUUUCGAUCGUGUACUUUGAAAACCGCUGACAGCGUCUGGUAAUGUGCUGACUGGCACUAUGGGCAGGCGGUACCCAGGGGCUCACUGUCGUCCAAGCAGCUCAUUUGACUCCAGUGUGGACGCGUUGGCUGUGUUUAUGGCAAGCAAUAGCACGACAGACAUUGUGAAUCGCAAUAAUCCUGCCACUCCCCCAAAUACUCUUAACCUACGCUCCUCCCAUAAUGAACUAUUGAAUGCGGAAAUAAAGCAUACAGAAACAAAGAACAGCACUCCCCCAAAAUGCAGGAAAAAAUAUGCAUUAACUAACAUUCAGACAGCCAUGGGCCUUUCGGAUCCAGCAGCACAGCCCCUUCUGGGGAACAACUCUGCCAAUAUAAAGCUGGUGAAGAAUGGAGAAAAUCAGCUUAGAAAAGCAGCAGAACAGGGGCAACAGGAUCCCAACAAAAAUCUCACUAUGACUGCAGGCAUAAACAUAACUUCUGAGAAGUUAGAAGGUAAAGAGCCAACCCCUCAGGAUUCUGCAGGCUGUGAAAUAUUCUCUUCUCAACCUAGGAGGAGCAAGAGCUUCCUAAAUUACUAUGCAGAUCUGGAAACAUCAACCAGGGAACUAGAACAAAAUUUUGGGAACAGCCAUGUAGUGAUGGAGGAGAAAGCGGCACAAAGUAACAGCCAGGCUUCUACCAUGAUUGUCAAUGGGGAUGUGUUGCCUCAGAAACAAAACAAGCUGUCCAGUCCAGAAGAUGGCCAAGUAGCCACUGUAUCAUCAAGUCCUGAGACUAAGAAGGACCAUCCUAAAACUGGAGCCAAAACAGAUUGUGCAUUACAUCGGAUUCAAAAUCUGGCUCCAAGUGAUGAAGACUCCAGCUGGACAACGUUAUCGCAGGACAGUGCUUCUCCAAGUUCACCUGAUGAAACAGCAGAUAUAUGGAGUGAUCACUCAUUUCAGACCGACCCCGACUUGCCACCUGGCUGGAAAAAAAUCAAUGACAUUGCUGGGAUCUAUUAUUGGCACAUACCAACAGGAACAACCCAGUGGGAACGUCCUGUCUCCAUACCAACAGAUCUUCAGAGCUCAAGGAAAGGAUCACUUAAUUCUAUUACCCCAUCUCCUACCCCAGAAACUGAGAAACAGCCAUGGAGUGAUUUUGCUGUACUGAAUGGGGGAAAGAUUAAUAGUGACAUUUGGAAGGACCUUCAUGCAGCCACAGUGAAUCCAGACCCCAGUCUAAAAGAAUUUGAGGGAGCAACAUUACGCUAUGCGUCUUUGAAGCUCAGAAAUGCUCCACAGUCUAAUGAAGAUGAUUCCUGUAGCAUCAACAGUGAUCCAGAAGCCAAGUGCUUUGCUGUGCGCUCUUUGGGCUGGGUAGAAAUGGCAGAAGAAGAUCUUGCUCCUGGAAAAAGCAGUGUUGCUGUGAACAAUUGCAUCAGACAAUUGUCUUACUGUAAAAAUGAUAUCAGAGACACGGUUGGCAUAUGGGGAGAGGGAAAAGACAUGUACCUUAUACUGGAAAAUGACAUGCUAAAUUUGGUUGACCCCAUGGAUCAUACCAUUCUUCAUUCUCAGCCCAUUGUGAGCAUCAGAGUCUGGGGAGUGGGUCGUGACAAUGGACGAGACUUUGCUUAUGUAGCAAGAGACAAAGACACAAGAAUUUUGAAAUGUCACGUGUUUCGAUGUGAUACGCCUGCGAAAGCCAUCGCAACAAGUCUGCACGAAAUCUGUUCUAAGAUUAUGGCUGAACGGAAGAAUGCUAAAGCUGUGGCUUGCAGCUCUUUACAGGAACGGACAAAUGUCACCCUGGAUGUUCCCCUGCAAGUAGAUUUCCCAACACCAAAGACAGAGCUGGUACAGAAGUUCCACGUCCAGUACUUGGGCAUGUUACCUGUAGUUAAACCAGUGGGUAUGGAUACGCUGAACAGUGCCAUAGAAAACCUUAUGGCUUCCUCUAGCAAAGAGGAGUGGAUGCCAGUUACCAUGAAUGUUGCUGAUGCUACUGUGACGGUCAUCAAUGAAAGAAAUGAAGAACAAAUCAUAGUGGAAUGUCGUGUUCGGUUCCUGUCCUUUAUGGGAGUGGGCAAGGAUGUCCAUACAUUUGCCUUCAUUAUGGAUACAGGGAACCAGCAUUUUGAAUCCCAUGUUUUUUGGUGUGAACCAAAUGCAGGCAAUGUAUCAGAAGCUGUUCAGGCUGCAUGUAUGUUACGGUAUCAGAAGUGCUUGGUAGCCAGACCUCCUUCACAGAAAGUUCGACCACCCCCUCCUCCUGCAGACUCGAUGACCAGAAGAGUCACAACUAAUGUCAAACGUGGAGUCUUGUCCCUUAUUGACACUUUAAAACAGAAACGCCCUGUUUCUGAGAUGCCAUAGCUGCCCAAGGGAAAGGAUUCUUGUAACACUUAAUUGAAGAUACAGUGGCUACGCUAAAGAAAACGAACUGAUGAUGUUUGACCUUCCAUUUUAAAUUGCUGAUGCUUUGUCUUCAACGAAUUUAUCCUUAUCAAAACAAUGUUAGACAAGCAUGUUCUCUCGUUCUUGCCAUCAUCAUGUGAUAUGAAAAGACGCAUGAAUAAUUUUUUUGCUGUCAAUGAGUUACAUCAUGAGCAGUGGAAGGUCUGUUUCUGAUUGUAAAUAUACUGAACAUUACCUAAAUUCACACCCAAAAAGCAUAUGGCCAUGUCCCUCCUAGUGAACUAAUGUUAAAGUCCUUGGAGUGAAUGAUGCCUGAAUUAUAGUUUCACCAUCUUCUUGAGCUGGAUUUGUCACAAGCAACCCUUAAAUCCUACAGCACUUUGCCCUGUUUUCAACACUGGAGUAGGUACCAAGUAUUAGUUACCAUUAAAUUACUGUGGUAUAAAUACCAAGUUUUAUUUUUACAAAGCUGCCCCUGUUAGUUUUAAAAUGUGCAUUGGCAUUGGUUUAGGAACCACUGUAUAAUUUUGCCUGACAUGCUUUUGAACCACGGUGACCAUAUUUCACUUAUUGUUUAUAUAUUAUUGUUUUGGAGAAGAAAAGUUUUGAAUAAUUCAGAGCAGGAUGCAUCAGCUUUAGCCUUUUGCCCUAAAACAGACAAAUGCAUCAGGGGCCUGUUAAAUCUAUUCUCCAAAAUCCUACAUGGUGCAACAAAAAUGUCAUUUAUUUAACUGUGGGCUCCAACCAUCCAUGAUUAAGAGAGGGACCUAUUCAGAACCGUUAUAUAUGGCACAAACUAGAAAGCUACAUAUUUUCCCUGUAUUACUCCUUGUGUGUGCAAACUUUCAUUGAAGGCCCGAUCACACAGUUCUUUCAUUUGGAGUUUGGUGCUGAGUUAAUAUUUACAUGAGAUGGAAAAGGACUAUCCCGUUUUUGUUGUGCAGACCUAUUCUCAUUUAUACCAUGAUGAAAUUUCAUUUUACUUUAAUGCCCUUGCUGUAGCAGCUCUCAACAAAGGAAUGAUACAGCUGUUCUCUGAUGUGAUGGAGCUAAAUGUAGAGUAACCUGAUUUCAGUGCUUUUGCUCCAGAAGCUCCAGCUAGCUGUGUUAGUCCACUCUACUGUAAAUUCCUUGGCAACAAACUAUGCAGUAUUGCCCCUUACAAUCGUACAUGUGCUAACCUUUGAAUGCACUUAUAUGCUUAUCUUUUUCUUUGUUUUUUCCCCUUGCCCUCUGUCUUAUUACAACUGCAGGUUGGUACAAACAAUAGAAAUGAAAAGUGCAGAUGUUUUUACCAGUGUUAAAAUUUUUCUGCCUCCAUUUUAGACAUCUACUUGGAAGGCUGAACCAUCUGGGUAUGCUGACACUGUAAUUUUAAAGGGACAUGUCAAGGCUGAUAGGCCCAGAAUUUGACCUAGCUUUCUCUUUAUAUCUAUUCCCUAGGGGCUUUUUGUUUUAAAUGAAUGGUUGCAUCUUUUCUUUUUUUAAAAUUGAUCCCAGUUGCUACCCAGGAGCUACCCCAGUAACAAACAAAUCAGGCUGUGGAUGAACUUGACAUGACUGAAAUGUGACCAUACUGGCAAGUGAAGGGCUGAUGCUCUACUGGUGUAAAGAGGUGCAGCUCCGUGAACACCAGCUGAGGAGCCAGUGCCCUGAAAUCCUAACUGGUACCUACAAUGGGGCUCUGACCUGGCUGAGGCCUCUAAGCACUACGGCAAUAUAAAGAAUAAUACAACCCACUAGCAUACACUUAGCUAAAACACUUGCCUGCGGUCCAAUUCAGCAAGAUAUUUAAGCAUGUGCUUAAUAUUUUAAAUCCAUGUUUAAAAUUAUGCAAGUGCUUAAGCCCCAGUGCAGCAAGGUAUUUAUGUACCGCAAUCCUGUUCGGAGAACCAAGGCUACAAGAAGAAACUUGCACUCACAUUCACUCCUUUAAGAAAAGGAGUACUUGUGGCACCUUAGAGACUAACCAAUUUAUUUGAGCAUGAGCUUUCG